AUGACCUCCCGCUCCCGGUACCGUCUCCUCUUUGCCGUCUCUUGCGUUCUGUUCACCUACUCCUUCCUCAACCACCACAAGUUUCCCCUAAACUUUGACAUCCUCUGGCCGGAUCAACAAUCAUCACGACGAACAACCCCGCCAAUAGAAGAACGCCAACAAGUCCCGCUCGCGUCACUUGAAUCCUCGUUUUUUACCUGGUCAGAUCCCGACGCACCACCAAUCCCGAAGCCACCGUACAAACCUGAGCUUGAAGAGUCACCACCCAUACCGGAUCCGUUCCCUUUGCUGUCUGAAUACCCGGCUCCGCCGAGGAAGUUGCUGUUGCAGCAUGUCCCCAAACCGCCGAGAGGGCAAUCGAAAGAGGAGGCGCCGCUCUUGAUAGGGUUCACCCGGAACUGGCCUCUGUUGUUGCAAUGCGUCACGAGCUACAUCGCUGCAGGGUGGCCACCGAGCAGCAUUUAUGUUGUGGAAAACACCGGGACCAUGUUUAGCAAUAGGCAGGGGCGGUUGACGUUGCAGAAUCCGUUUUACUUGAAUCAUACCCAGCUGGGGAUGUUGGGGGUGAAUGUCAUCAUUACACCCACCCUGUUGACCUUUGCCCAACUCCAAAACUUUUACCUCUGGUAUGCCCCCCUUUUCCUCCCUCUCCUCACGGAGACUAACCACCCCCCAAGGACGGCCCUCAACCGCAACUGGGACUACUUCUUCUGGUCCCAUCAAGACCUCCUCGUCUUUUCGCCACCCGGUGACCCUUCAUCCACUCUCUACUCCAACGUUUUGUCGGUCAUGCAGUACCUCAAAACCCCCGCCGCUCCCAGGUGGGCUCAUCACUUCUUCGCCUACGACCAUUUGACCCUCGUCAACACUGCCUCUGUCUUGUCCACCGGCGGCUGGGACACCCAAAUCCCCUUUUACUCCACCGACUGCGACAUGUACACCCGCCUGAUGUGGGCUGGUUUCUGGCAAGGGGAGUCGCCCGAUGUAGGGCGCAUCUUUGACGUCAAGACAGUGGUUGAUGACUUUGCUGCGCUACUGUCACUACCGGGUUACCAAGCGAGUUUCAACGGGACGGUGUAUGAGGAUCCGGUUGAGCUGGGGGAGGUGAUGCAGGAUGUAAAGUACAACCAUAGUAACGACAACUCGGGGAGGAAUACCUGGCAGCUGAGGCAGAGGGGCGGGCAAGACGAGCCGUUCUAUCGGGACGCGGUUGGGUUUGAGGUGGGGACGCAGAUGACGAUUGAGUUGGGGAGGAAGGUGUUUGCGGAGAAGUGGGGGCAUAGGGGGUGUGAUAUUGCGUUGAUGGAGGGGAUCGAGAGUGGGGAUGCGUGGAGGUUAGAGAGGGAUUGGGAGGAGGGGGAUGGGGGGGAGGAUAGUUGGUAG